AUGUUGCUGACUCUUUCGCCCACUUUAUCUAUCUAUCUAUCUAUCUAUCUAUCUAUCUAUCUAUCUAUCUAUCUAUCUAUCUAUCUAUCUAUCUGUGCGUGUGCACAUGAUCUCUAUACUCCCCCCUCUCUCUCUCUUUUAAUCUCUCUUUCACAUACGCAUCCAUGCUCACGCAUACUCUCUCUACUCCAUCUUUCUUCUCUCACGUAUACUAGCACAAACCCUCUCUGGUUGUCAGUUUGUCCUUCUCUUUUACACACAUAUAUAUGUACACACGCACACACUGUUCCAUCUUCCCCUUUCUUCCUAUUUCAAACUCACUCUCUUUCACACUCAAUCUCUGUUCCGCAUUCUCUUUUUCUCAUACGUACACACGCACUCUCCCUCUCUCUCUGCCCCACUCUUUCUCUUUCUUCUUCUCUCUCUUGUGUACAUAAACAUAGCAACCAUUUCCCCUCACCUCUCACUCUCUCUCUCUCUUUGUCAUAUGCUCCUCCUCCCGUACGCCAACAUAUCUACUCUCUCACAUACGAAAAUUUCGUCACUCAUACAUCACGCUCUUUCAUUCAUAUAAACACACGCUCUCUCCCUCCCCCUCCCUCUCUCUCUUAUCCAUAUGUUAAUAGACACUGGCUUACUAUCUCACUCUUUCUCUUUUUUUUUCCACAAACGCGCCGGUCAACCGUUAUCUAUCUAUCUAUCUAUCUAUUAUGGCCACAACACUAUCUAUCUAUCUAUCUAUCUAUCUAUCUAUCUAUCUAUCUAUAUAUAUAUAUAACUUUAGAUGACCGUUUCAUUCUCAAGCAUCUCAAUCAUUUGAAGUUCCAAACAUCGCUUGAAAAUGCAACGUUCAUUUAA